AUAGAGUAAAUAAUAAGUAUUUAUUAAAAAAUAAUUGAUCAGUCAAAUGUUAAAAUUGAAAUGUGAAAUUUAAAAAUAUGAAAGAAGAAUGAUGUCAUUGACAUUGUCAAAAUCUUUGCCUGUCUUCUGUGUUUUGAAUCUGCUGAAAGUGUUUUAAAAAACUGUUUCAUUUACUAUUUUUAAUAAAUUAUGACGGAAAAAGAAAGUGUUAGCAUACCAACAAACGAAGAUAUUGUAAGUGAAAUUACUAACGAUUUACAAACGGAAUUAAAUGUAACUGAACCUAAUUCAGAAGAAAUACUUAAUAGUCAUCAUAAUGAAGGUAUUCCAAAAGAUUUCGAUAAGGAAGAAUCUGAUACAGACACUACUACUAAAGACCCAGACGAUUAUAUAGACGAAGAACAGCUAAAGGUAUUAGAAAAUGAUUUAUCUGAUGAGGAAAAAGCAGAAAGACACCAAACAGCAUUAGAAUUAAAAAAUAAAGGAAAUGAACAAUUUAAAUCAGGUUUGCAUGUAGAAUCCGUAUGUAGUUAUACUGAGGCAUUAAGAAUGUGCUCUUUAAAAUUUGAAAAUGAUAGAUCCAUCUUUUAUGCAAAUAGAGCUGCUUCGAAAAUAGCACUUAAUCGAAAAGAAAGUGCUAUCGAAGAUUGUACCAAAGCCAUAGAGUUGAAUGAUUCAUAUAUUAGAGCGUACUUAAGAAGAGCCAAACUUUAUGAAGAAACAGAAAAAUUAGAUGAAAGUCUAGCGGAUUAUAAAAAAGUGUUAGAACUAGAUAAGAAUAAUAAAGAUGCUUUACAAGCCCAAUAUAGGUUACCACCAUUAAUAGCAGAACGAAAUGAAAAGCUUAAAACUGAAAUGUUAGGAAAACUGAAAGAUUUGGGUAAUAUGAUCUUGAAGCCAUUUGGACUAUCCACUGAAAACUUCCAGUUAAAUCAAGAUCCAAAUUCCGGAGGUUAUUCUGUAAAUUUUUCACAAAAUAAAUGACAAAAUAUGAUGUUAUUCCUUACAUUAUAGUUAGUUAAAUAUUUUUAAGUUUAUUUUAUUUUAUUCUGUUGUUGAUUUGUUAUUAUUUUUCAUUUUUAUAAAGUACGCAUUUUAUGGAGUACAUUCAACAGAAUAAGAACUAUAUAAGAAAAAAGUAAUAGUGCAAAUUAUACAGAAGCAGAAUACCAGACUUAUAAGUAUCAGUAUUUAACAUUAACUUCUCAAGAAUUUUGCUUUUUGAUCAUCUACAAUAUUUGCAAUGAUUUUCCCAAAAAUGGUUUUACGAAAAAUUACAUAAGUGCAUCAAAAUUACAGAGAAUUUACACUAUACAACUAAAAAGUAACGCUAUCACUAUAUUUUUAUUUCGGAAAAUUCCUAAAUUUAAGCCUGUAUGAAGUAAAUAUCUGGGAUUUCCCGAUUAGUAUGAUUUUACUGGACUGAAAUGCAUUUUGUAUGACAUAAAUCACAGCAUCGUCUUAGGAGACUCCAGGAUAUCGAACUGAAGCCUAAAUUUAAUCCACUCGAUAAAUAACCAUACGAACAUAUCAUUUAAUUAAUAAAAUUUAUGAGACAGAAGAAGGAAUAACAAUAAAAAUUAAGAUGUGUAAAAAUGCAUGAACUAUUGUGGCUUUGGACUACAGCACUCCAUUUAGUCUUUUUAUUCAAGCAAUUAAAUAUGCAAUUAUAUAUGCUAAAAUUAGUUUCGUAGGUUUGGUAUUCUGUGAUGUAACCAACAAUUCUUAUUAAAUUAAAACAAAUAGUUUAUCAAAACUGCAAUAAACCUUCAUUUAUGUA